AUGCAAACAAUAAUCCACCACUUCACUUCCUUCAGAGUCUUUAGUGAUGAGGCUGCAGCUGCAGCAUCGGGUUCGGGCGAUGUGAGCCCUUUCAAGAGCACGGUCAAGCUCAGGACUGAAGAAGGUCAACUCAUUCAGAUUGAUUCCUUGGAGAUGCCAGUGGGCGUCAAGAAAGUCCUGCACGAGCUUGAUCUCGACUCAACAGGAAUAGUUGAUGAAAAGAACCUGGAAGACUCGCUGAGGAAGGAGAAGUCGCUGAACUCUUCAGAGAUGCCGUACAAGCACCUUCCAGCCUGCAUCCAGGAAGUGAUGCGCGAAUGGGAUGCUGAUGGGAGUGGUAUGGUGGGUGUGUCUGAGCUAUCCGCCGCGGCUCACGCAUACAAGAAGGUGCAGCAGGAGGGCCGCAUGAUGAGAAAGAUUAUCGCAGGAAUGGCUCUGGUCAUACUCCUGUUGAUGUGUGGCAUGUUCGCACUGUCGUGGGCUGCUGCGGAGUUGGCAAAGGAGAUGACGGGUAAUGACGACGCUGUUAUGGCAAAUAAGCAAGGCGUGGUUGUCAAGGUGUCGAGUUCGGAUUUCGAGAUGUCUCCCGACGGAACUCUGAUCAUUCGCGGAGCUGGGGAAGUCAACGCUACCUGCCCAGCAAACCAGACUUGCCGGCGUUUGGAAGCUGCUUCAAGCAAGCUCCAAGUUGCUGCCUCCGAGACGCCGCGCCGCUUGUCGUCCACCCUUCCAGAUGCUUCCUUCAAAGAGCUGAAAUCUCUGACCUUGAAGGACAACUCUGGCCGGGCCUUGAAGGUCACCAUCACCAGCUUCCAACGGCUAUAUCUGCGCUCCUCCAAGUGCGGAUCAGUGAUCCAUUUGAGCGGUGACCAUGGUCGUUUGACCCUGGAUGAUUACGCCCAGGGCUCAGCAGGGUGGCAAGACAUGACUGCAGAUGAGCAAAUGGAGGCCUACGUUAAGGACGCAGGCAUGGAAGGCCUUUUCGAGGACGAAGGAGGCUUCCUCACAGUUCCGGGUGUCAUCGUGGAAGAUGGUAAAGUCUACAAGACUUGGACAGAGGAGCUGGUAAAAUCAGCUUCUCUCACUGCCUACAUGAGUCAUUACGCGAUGCAUCCCUUUCAGCGUGAACUGCGCCUGAAGAGGACGGGCGAUCCGAUCAUCCAGGCCAAGAUUGAAGCCAAGGGCAAGGUUGGCUACCGCUGCCUAGUGGAGACUCCACAGAAAGCAACGAUUUCGUCAGCUGCUGAAAACGCUCUGCCGAGCCUGGAAUUCCGUGGCGUGGUUGUUGAGAACGGCACGGUGCUGCGCCAUUGGAGGAUGGAUCCUAUGGGAGAUCUGGAGCGUGCGGGAAACAUGGAUGCGCAUGAGAUGCAAGUGGCAAUGAUGGAAGCUGGAUUGAUCCCAAACGUGGUGGACUACUUUGAUGUUGACACGGAUCCAUCAGGAAAAUUCGAGUCAGGCCAACCGUACCGCGUCCGAAUGUACUCAACCGUCUCCGGUUCGAAGGUCGACACCACAAAACAGUACGUCGAGAUUGUUUCCUUACCUUCCGCUUUCGAGAUUCCCGGAAUGUUUGAAUACUUCAACGUGUCGUUCCUGGACGACGGAUGCCGAUUUUCCAGAGAGCUGCAGCAGAUGGUGAAUCAAUCCAACAUGAGCAAUGUGACCGCGGCAGCGUCAAUGCUCCUCGAAGAGGUCGAGAUGCUGAACAGGACGAAUCGGUCCUCCACCGAUGAGAACUUCAAGGUUCCACCGGAGAUCUACCCCUGGUCUGAGUUCCCAAACACGAUUGCCUGGACGUUUGACGAACUGAAGCGGCAGCACAUCUGA